GCUUGAGAGGAACUCUUUGUCGUCAGUGGUGUGUGACACUUCGAAGCACACGGUCGCAGUUAUUCUUUUUUUUUUUUUGCUCGUAAACUGCUGUUCAUUAGUUCGUAGAGCAUAAAUAUGGCAAACGGAGGCGUUCAACUUCUUGGUUUCUGUCUGUCUAUUCUGGGCUUUUUCGGAAUAAUCGCUUCGACUGCAAUGGUAGAAUGGAAAGCGUCUUCAUAUGCGGGGGACAAUAUUAUCACAGCCCAAGCCAUGUAUGAAGGACUUUGGAAGUCAUGUGUGUCUCAGAGUACUGGGCAGAUUCAAUGCAAAUCAUAUGAUUCAUUACUUCAGCUGUCAGGGGAGCUGCAGGCCACCCGUGGCCUGAUGCUGUUUUCCAUCCUGCUGAUAGCCAUUUCAGUACUAGUGGCUGUGGUGGGCAUGAAAUGCACCACAUGCUUGGCGGAGGACAAGCAACAGAAAAACAAAGUUGCCCUGGCAGGAGGAAUCCUCUUCAUUAUUGGAGGACUGAGUGCUCUUGUUGCCACAUCCAUGUAUGGACAUAAGAUAGCUAAGGACUUCUACAACCCCUUCACCCCAACAAAUGCCAAGUAUGAGUUUGGUGCAGCUCUCUUUGUGGGCUGGGCAGCAUCCGUUCUCACAAUUAUCGGAGGAGGCUUCUUGUGCUGCAACUGUAGCACUGAAUCAUCAGGGAAAGGACCCAAGUACCCCGCCACCCGCGGAGGAGUCUCAGGCACACAUGUGUAGGGAUCGCCCAAGCUACAAGAGGACGUCGGAGAACUGGGAAGAGAACUUGGAGAUGAGUUUGGGUAGAUGGGGAUGGGAUGGGUUCGGGAGUUAUUCCUGCUAUUUUGUAAAAUGUGGGAUUCAAAUGUGCCUUUUUAUACUGUAUGUAUGUGUUGUAUUGUAUUGAUGCAGUCAUGUCUGGAUUAAUUUUUACUGUGAGAAAUAUGUCUGAAUACAUUAUUUGUAGUUAUGUGGUCAUUUAAAUAAAAAAAGUACCUUGGUGA